AUGUCGACGGCGGCAUUUGCUGUGUCGGGAACACUUGGAGGAUGCCUGGGUAGUAUGUAUUUUGUGGAAUCUAUAGCCCAAGAGCAGCCGGGUUCUAUGAAUUUAUUGACAUUUUCUACAUUCCUGUUUAUUUCUCUGGAAGGCCUUUUUUUCACCUCCAAAUUUUUCACAGUUCAGAAUAAAAUACCAUUAAGAGGCUAUCUUCCAACUAUGGGGAUGUUUUUUUUUGUUAAUGUUAUCAAUAAUCAGGCACUGAAUUUCCACGUGCCAGUACCUCUGCACAUAAUUUUUCGUUCGGGAUCACUAUUGGCUAGUCUUGUGAUGACUAAGUUGCUUCAAGGACGCCAGUACUCACUUAGAAAGUAUUUUUCGGUGAUAAUGAUCACCGUGGGAAUAAUUAUAUGCACCUUAGCAACUUCUAGUUUACAGGCAAGUCUUUAUCGAGGGCUCAUUAUUUUAAGAAACUAUUGUAAGUCUUCCGGGAUGGAUGCGGAACAAGCGGCUAGACAUUACAAGGAAUGGCUGAUUGGAGUCGGAAUGCUGGUAACUGUUUUAGUAGCAUCUGCUUAUUUGGGAAUAUGCCAAGAGAAUAUGUAUCGGAAGUACGGAAAGCAUACGAGGGAGGCGAUGUUUUAUGUGCAUGCAACGUCGAUGCCUUUAUUUGCUCUCAUGGGUAACGAUAUAAUGAAGUUUGUUAGGAUAUUUUCGUCCAGUUCUCCCGUAAAUAUUGUAGGGUUCAAUAUACCUCACAUGUGGCUUUAUCUGGCUGGUGCAUGUGUCUUACAAUGGGUUUGUAUCCGAUUCGUGUAUCUUAUGAACGCUGAACUUCAAUCUUUAUCCGUUACGUUGGUCGUUACACUGCGGAAAUUCAUUUCUUUACUCAUAUCUAUAAUCUGGUUUAGAAACCCGUUCACUGUGGCGCAUUGGUUUGGAGCAUUUUUGGUGUUUUCUGGUACGCUGUUGUUCGCUGAUAUUUGGGAAUUGAAAAGAGAGAAACAAAAAGUGCUGUAA